CCAAUUAUACAGUUGUUGUUGGCCCACCAAAAAAGAACCCAACCUCACCCAAGGCGUUCCAUGCGUGCGAGAGGGAUCAGAACGAGUUUGAGACAGUUAUCUCAAGUUCGAAUCUUUGGAAAAAUUUCUAAACUCGGACAGAUAUUUUCACUUGAGUGAACCGUUUGAGAAAUAAAAUUACGGUAUCUGAGAAAUCACAGAGCUAUGGUUGCAGUUCUACUUCUCAAUCCUUAUGGGAAUGAAGGGUUUGCGAAGCCUUGAGGUCUGGAAACUAGGAGUUGUCAACUCUUUGGAUGCAUUGAAACUGCAGGAAAAACUGGCCUUGGAUAGAAAACUUCAUAGGAGAUGUGAUACUAUUCUUCUGUCUUUGCAACACCCCCCUACAUACACUGUUGGCAAAAGGCAAACUGUUCACAAUUUGUUAAUCCCCCAAUCCGAGUUUUUGGACAAAAUUGGAGCUGAACUUCACUACAUGCGAAGGGGAGGAGACAUUACAUUUCAUGGUCCCUACCAGGCCAUUUUGCAUCCUAUCAUAUCGCUCCGCACCAUGGGACUCAAUGCUCGAUGUUUUGUGGAGAAGAUUGAGUUAACCAUGAUUGAACUGGCUGCUACAUACUGUGUGAAAGCUUGUCCUGGACAAAGUGGUGAGACUGGGGUAUGGAUUGGAGAAAGGAAGAUAGGUGCGAUUGGUGUUCGGAUAUCAAGUGGAAUCACUUCUCAUGGGAUGGCAUUUAACAUUGAUCCUGAUUUGAGCUACUUUAAGCACAUUGUUCCCUGUGGAAUUGCAGAUAUAGAAGUAACAUCUUUGAGAAGGGAGACAGAUUCUGUUCUUCCUGAGGAAGAAAUAAUACAGGAGCAGUUGAUUUCAUGUUUUGCAAGAAUCUUCAGUUAUAGGGACCUAAUCUGGAAGGAGGAUGCUUCAAUAUUUUUUUGAUAAAGAAACUGAAUGAGAUUAAGCUAUUUUAGCUAGCAGAUAAUUGUAUAACAUUUGUUUUUUUUUUCUUUCUUUCGUUCUUUGAGAAAUCUUGCAUGAUAGUACAUAAAUGGGUUAAAUCCUGUGCAUUCUGCAUUUGUUUGUUUUAUUUUAUUUUUUCUGAUUUUUUGUGAUAGACUGAUAGUUGAUAAUGAUCAACCUAAUUCAAUAGAUUGAUUCCA